AGUGCGGGCCAGAGCAGACGACCGUGCUACACACACAGUUACCCUUUGGUGUUCUGUGGUACUACACGUUUGUUGCGAGGCUUUGCGGAACCUCUGAGUAGGAUUCGUUUAUAAAUGCCCGUUAUGUCCAACGACACAAGUGACAACUUGGGAGCUGCCAUUCCCCUGGAAAGUGCUGAAGAGGAGCGUGCGGUCGUGGAGCAGGAUUUGCGGUCGCUGGAAAAUAAAAUCUCGAGUGCGGAAAAUGAACUUGCUGCUCUGAAAACGCGGCACAAGCUAUUAAAUGACAUAUUGAAGGCUGAGACUGACUGCCGCCAAGCGCUCGAGGCACAAUGUGAACAGUUCGUGAAAGCAACCGAAGAACUUUCUUCAACGACUACAGAUCUUUCAACAAAACUUUGUCAGGAAAAGUCUUCAAGACUUGAAAAAUUACCCAGUUUUCAGCAGUAUACCAGCGGAAUUUAUAACGGGUUGGAAAAAAAUGUAUGGACUCCAGAGGCUCUUGAAAGCUUGGCAGCAACCCUGAGGAUGCAACUGCGAGACUUAGAGCAGCGUUCUGCAUACUUGGAUUCACGUCUAGAGAGGAAGAGGGCUGAGUUGGACCAGUUGCAAGAGCAGAGCACUAACAACUGCUCGGCAGAAGAUGCCACAUUUGGACCUGAGGAGCAGCAAGCAAUCCUGUUAGUUCUGCUUCAUGUCAAAGUGGUCAAUACACACACCAACUUCACGAAACAGCACCGCCUGAAAAGUCACUUUUAG